GUAAAAUGUCUGUCCUGCUUUAGCUAUUCCUGAUAGGGUUUACCAAAAACUUUAUCACACAGCCUGCUAUAUAUCUCUCGGACUAUUCUCGGGAAUAUUCGUUUUAUUUCUUUCCUCGAGAGAUAGAUAAUCCAGGAACGACCUCGCUUUUCCUCCAACUUUAACUUUUCUCUAUCUUUGCUUUACGUCAUGCCAUUCAGAGUCGUCGCUACCAGAAUUUUACCUCCACAAACCCAGGCUCGUCUUGAAGAUCAAAACUAUGACUUGGUACAGUGGAAAGAAGAUACCGUGAUGCCACGCGACGAAUUACUAAAGCAAGUCAAAGGUAUUGGAUCACGUCAUUCACAUGCGUUACAUUUGCUAUCUUAACACGAUCCUCCUGAAUCCCCUUUGCUCACAAUUUCUCCUUCUUCAAUUCUUUACAAUAGGCGCUGAUGCACUUAUUUGCUUAUUGACGGAUCGUAUCGAUAACGAGCUUUUAGACGCGGCAGGUACAGAAAGAAAGAAAGCAGAGGAGAUUGGAGGCGAAGAAAAUAGUUCAGCUACUGGAUUACGAAGUCUGGCUUACGUAAUACUCAAUCAUAGGCCCGCAAUUAAAGGUUGUUG